CACUUUUCUCUUCCUCUUCCGUACACGCGUACCCUUGCUCUACAAGAGCAGUUGCAUCAAAUACAGCUCGCUCAGCGGCGAGCGUCGGGCACCCAGAGAGACAUACUUCUGCUGCUGCAACAUCGACCGGUUUAUACCGCAGGACGGCGGCAGCUACUCACGUCACCUGAGGUCCAGGCCGAGGCUAAUCGUCUCAGAGGAAUUGGAGCCGACUUCGUCGCGACGCAGCGUGGAGGCCAGACAACCUACCAUGGGCCCGGACAAAUUGUCGGAUAUCCGCUUUUGGAUCUUGGACGUUGGUCGCCGCCCCUCGGCAUACGAUCAUACAUAUGCAAAAUGCAACAUGUGCUCCAGGCCCACCUCACGGAGGCACAUGGCAUCGAGCAUAUCCCGAGCGACCACACAGGUGUGUUCCUGGAUGCCCACACGAAAGUUGCCAGCAUUGGUGUCCAAGUACGGCAUCGAUUCACUACGCAUGGCUUUGCGAUGAACGUGACCCGCGAGCCACUUGCAUGGUUUGAUCAAGUCGUCGCAUGCGGUCUG